CCACAGGUCACUGCCCUCUCUGCCUCCCCUCGUCCUCUCUCCUCUCUCCUCAGUCUGACUCCAUAUCUUACACUCAGCACAGUGAGUCCAGCUCACCAUCCAGCCGUCAUGUUUCUGUUUCACCGCCUGUUCCUCGCCCUCCUGCUGCUCCAGCUGGCCGCCGCUCAUCACGUCUUUUUGGACGAUGAGGCAGCCAAUCAGGUUCUGACGCGGCGGCGACGAGCCAACAGCUUUUUUGAGGAGAUGAAACAAGGCAACAUGGAGCGAGAGUGCGUGGAGGAACGCUGCGACUGGGAGGAGGCGCGAGAGAUCUUUGAGGACAAAGAAAAAACUGAUGAAUUCUGGGCCAAAUAUCUUGACGGAGACGCAUGCGUGUCCAAUCCCUGCGCUCAUGACGGACUCUGCAAAGACGGAAUUGGUAGCUACUCCUGCUACUGCCAGGCUGGAUACCAGGGCUUCAACUGCGAAAUCGUGAUUCCUGAGCUCUGUGAGAAUAAAAACGGCGGCUGCGAACACUUCUGCAAUGUUGUCCGAGGAAACAUUCAGUGCUCCUGCGCACAGGGAUAUUUCCUGGGAUCAGACGACAAAUCCUGCGACUCCAACGAGCCCUUCAAAUGUGGUGCCGUCAUCGCUGAAAACAUCCGGACUGUUUUCAGGUAUGAGCGCCAGAACACCACACACAGAAACGCCACUCACGGGAAUGCCACUCACGGGAACGCCACUCACGGGAACGCCACUCACGGGAACGCCACUGGGUCCAACCUGACGGAUGUCAAUGGCAGCUCCACAUCCUCAUUCUCUGGGAAAAGCGGUGACGAGAAGGUUAAAGAAGAAGACGACAUAAUUGAGGAAAUGAUUUUCUCUCAGAUGGCGGGGAUGACCCGCAUUGUCAACGGAGAGGACUGUCCCCCGGGAGAAUGUCCAUGGCAGGCUCUCCUCCUGAAUGAGGAGGACCGAGGGUUCUGCGGAGGAACCAUCCUCAACGAGUACAUCAUCCUGACCGCCGCCCACUGCAUGAACCAAUCACGUUACAUCUACGUCAAGCUGGGUGAGUUUGACGUGUUGGUGGAUCACGGGAACGAAGCGACCCACCUGGUGGAAACCAUCAUAACCCACAACAAGUACCGGCCGGACACCUACCACAAUGACAUCGCCCUCAUCAAACUGGCCACGCCCAUCAAGUUCAGCAGGUUCAUCCUGCCGGCCUGCAUCCCGGAGCAGGACUUCGCCGAGAAGGUGUUGAUGCGGCAGCCGGACGGCAUGGUCAGCGGUUUUGGGCGUCUCGGCGAAGGUCGGCAGCCCUCCACCAUCUUGCAGCGCCUCACCUUGCCCUACGUGGAUCGCCUCACCUGCAUCGAAUCCACCCAGCUGCGAAUCUCCACCCGCAUGUUCUGCGCCGGCUACGACACGAUAGCCAAGGAUGCCUGCCAAGGCGACAGUGGAGGGCCACACGUCACACGCUACCGCGACACCUACUUUGUGACGGGCAUCGUGAGCUGGGGCGAAGGCUGCGCUCGCAAAGGAAAGUACGGCAUCUACACCCAGGUGUCCAAGUACAUCCGCUGGAUCCACGAAGGCAUCGACAAGCUGAUGCUCAAAGAGCAGAGCGGCAGCCGAGUGCGGCGGCACAGCAGCACCAUCCAGAGGCUGGUCCUGUAGGACGGCAGGAUUUCAUCGCCGAAGUCCACCGAGCGGAGAUCAGCGGCACUUUGUGCCUCUCACGUAACUUUCACGUUUCUGAACACAUUUCAAACUCUGAAAAACUUUGACCACAUUUACCCGUUUUAAAAAUCUGUAUUAAUUCUUUUUGUUUGGCCACCAGGGGGCAGCAGAGCUGCAUCAACGCUGUUCAACAUGCGGUCGCCUUAAAGUGAAUUCGUUCCUACUUUUUGCCGAUUUAGGUAGCAGAGAGCAUCACCUGACAUCAGCUGAUUAAGCUGACAUGUUAGGAAACUUUCAUUUUCAGUUUUAUUAAAAAAUAAUGAAUAAAUCUGUGAAUGACAGCGUUUGUUUUCCUGUAGUUUUUUAUCCAUCACUGUCACAAAUGAGCUUUUGUGAAUCCGAUGCAAAAUAAAGAAAACCUCAAUAACA